UUUGUAGAUGCCAUCUGUCUUUGUGUUGCGUGAAAUGCAGAACAGAGCAGCAACAUGUAGAAUGAUUGUCAUUCAGAGACAAACCUGAUGGUAUUAUCCACAUCACCUUUCUCAGCUUUUUAAGUCAAACUAUUUGACAACAUAAGGAAAUCUUCGACAGCUUCCAGGAUAUCUGUGCUCCGUCUGCAGAAACAUUAACAAUGGUGCAUUCGCCAGUCAAGCAGCUGUUGCAAAGGAGCAGUAUCAUUUUAGUUUUCAAAAGUGGCGCUCGGUGCGUCACCGCGGUGCGCCUCGUCCCAUCCGCCGGAGAGGAGACGUCUCUCGCCGAAGCGGAGCGCGCUUGUCCGUGCUGGAAGUGGACGGGUAUGCGGCGAUGCCCUUGCACAUGAAAGCGUCCGGAGCGUUCUGUGAGCCGCGCCCGAGAGGUUUCACCACGGAGAGGAGAUUGCGUGCGGGGGACAGGCGUCCGGCGUCGCAAAACAAAACGGCGUCUGGUGGUCCGCCUGGUGGCAGCGGCCCGUCGAUUCACCAAAGAAGCCGGGGGCUGGAUUUACCAUGCCGAGGGGAGGUGCGGCUCGAAGAUGAAAAGAGGAGGAGAAGGAGAAAGGUGGGCGCCAUCUGUGCUCAGAGGGUGAUGGCAGUGCAGACUGAGCUUCACCACUACUACCAUCCAUUCCCGAAGAUGGAUCUUGCAAGUUGGGCUACCUCCUCCCAUUCCUCUCCUUCUAGUUCUCCUUACACAUUUCAAACCUCUCUUUGCAUACUCCCCAGCCAGUUGCUUCUAGCCAUAAGCAACCCCUCGAUCCACUUCCCCCUCCUGGAAAUUCACCACAUCUCUGCAGUCUUAAUAAUGGCUUGCUGUGGUCGGUCCCUGGAUUCUCCUUGCACACUAGCCCUGCUUAUAGGUUUCCAGUUUGCCUUCGUGCUCUAUUUCUCUCUUGGGGGCUUCAAAGGUCUAGUGUCUGUCCUGGUGCACACCACAGAGCCUGAGUUUGACUAUUCUCGACCUCAUGAUGUCUACACAAACCUCAGUCAUCUAGGAGUACCGCCUCCUCCGCCUCGCAAUGUUGGCACAGGAAUCCCUGCCACAGGACAACCGCUGAGAGACUGCCCAAUCCCAUCCCCUCUAUUGGUUGGACCUGUGUCUGUCCAUCUUAACGCUCCUCUGUCUAUGGAGGAGAUCAGACAGAGGAACCCGUUGGUGCUGCCAGGUGGACGGUACCGGCCUCCGGACUGUGAACCCCGCCACCACACGGCAAUAGUGGUACCAUACAGGAACCGACAAACCCACCUCCGUGCCCUGCUCUACCACCUCCACCCCUUCUUACAGAGACAGCAAAUCCACUACAGCAUCUACAUCGUACAGCAGUGGGGAAACAGUACUUUUAACCGAGCCAAGCUGCUGAACGUCGGGGUUCGGGAGGCUCUCAGAGACGAAGAAUGGAGCUGCAUUUUCAUUCACGACGUUGACUUGCUGCCUGAGAAUGACCACAACACAUACACUUGCCACAAGCAAUUUCCCACGCACCUGUCGGUGGCCAUGGACAAGUUCCGAUACAGGUUGCCAUACCCUCAGUAUUUUGGUGGGGUGUCUGCAGUGACCCCAGAACAGUACAUGAAGAUGAAUGGCUUCCCGAACCAGUACUGGGGCUGGGGUGGAGAAGAUGAUGACAUUGCUGCCAGAGUGCGGCUGUCUGGCAUGAAGAUUGUGCGCCCUCCAGUGGCUAUUGGUCAUUACAAGAUGAUCAAACAUAAGGGAGACCGAGGCAAUGAGCAAAAUCCCCGCAGAUUUGACCUUCUGAAAAGGACCAGACUCAACUGGCGUUCGGAUGGCCUCAACUCACUAGCCUAUGAGUUGCUUUCCAAAGAGCUGGAGCCGCUUUACACCAACCUGACCGUCAACAUUGGAGAAGACCCCCGUUUGCCCCUGGGAAAAGCCUCCAGUCCUGUGAAAAUGACGAACUCUGUCCAGCAGCGAAGCACAGGCAAAACUGGAGGCACUGCUGAGCAGGAAAGGCAACCAGGAGGAGAUUUAAUAACAAAUAGAACUGUGGCCCAGGUGGUGGGUGAAAAAACAGGACCUGCCCAGGCAAAGACAGCUAAUCAAACCAUACAGGCGAAGACAGGAAUGCUGAAAUAAGAAGAGGUGUAUGUAAAAAGAAAAACCUCUGUAGCGUGGCUUGCCACUUCAGUUUGAUUUAUAAGAGAAAAAGAAGGAAAGAAGUGUAGAUCUGGCAUGUGAAGAGUAGUGAAGCACUGGAUCAAAAUGCUCAUAUGAGUGCAUUCAUGAACACGAUCAGUCAGCUCCUCUGGGUUUAUCAUCGGAUGAAUGUGACACUGGCUCCAGUGAAAGGAGCAUAUUGGUGGUUAUAUCCAUGGCGACGCCACAAGAACAAAGAUGAAGAACUCAGUUAGUCAUAUCCACAUAGAGGUCCAAAACAAACUUGCUUAAGAUGCUGCUGCGAGUACAGAGUCAUCUGCAGACGGACAUAACAAGCUGCAAGUAACCCAUCUGAAUACCUGCAGCUCCAGUCUGCUCCCCAAAAAAACAAACAAACAAACUGUUGUUGUCUGUCCGCCUCACUUCACAGUGGGUUUGUGUUUCCGUGCCUUCUCUCUUUUAUGCGCAUUUUAUAGAAUGAUAUAGUUGCUUUUAGAGGCUGACCCUGGGUAAGAUUACCUCUCCUGCCACAUUGGAAAAGUUGGGGAGUAUAAAGCUGAUCCUGGAUGGACACUAACUCUUUGCUUCAGGGCUGCUGUUUUAUACUCAUGUGCAUUGAUCAAUCACUGACCAACUACAUAGUUACUGGAUAAUUCUAGAGUUUAUAUUUAUAUAGAAAGAAUUCUUUAUUUGUGUACUGGUUUGUUUUAUUGUCCUUCAUUAUAGUCUGGUGCCUCUCUCUCUCUCUGACAUUUAGUUUAUAGACAAUCAAAUUAUAUGGGAAGAUAAUUCUGUAUCCUACCACAUAACAAAAAUGACUGUCUUUAUGCCUGUCAGACAAACAUAGACUUGGAAUCAUAGUUGUUGUCUAGUUUGAGUAUACUCUUGAUACACAAAUAGAUCUGUACUCCUGAUAUUAUCUAUAGGCUUCAUCAUUUGUUUCUUCAGAAUAGUCAGGUAUGGAAAAAAUCACUGUGCAUGGAUUUGGAUCAGUUUUCAACAGGUUGCCCGUGGCUACAUCUUGAAGCUGCAAAUAGGUCUUUGCUUCUUAUUGUCUUUCUUCUUUUGCUCCAUUGAAGCGUUUGGGUUUAGAAGGGAUGGUGACAAGGAAGAUGAAAAUAUCUUGGGUCUUAAAUGUAUAGAAGAGUGCUCAAUCGGUCAGUUUAUGUGGUUUACUUAUCCUAUUCUAGAACCUAAAAGCAACUUCAUUUUUCAGACAUUCAUUUUUUGUUUCCAGCCUCUGGGAAUGUAUUUUUUAUUUGUGUCUGGUGUUAUCGGGUGAGCGUUGUUGAUGUCAUAGAGGGGACGUGAAUCUGAUAAUCCAUAGGGCACUAGGAUUUCUCGCUGCUAUUUGAAACUGUACAACUAAAUAUAGCGUCAGCUGAGGUACUGUAACACUUAGUGUGGAAAUUUGUCGUCACACUAACAGGUAAUGUAUGAGUAAGCCUAAUCUGAAUGUAUUUAAUUUAUUAAAUCUAUUUAUUAUGGUCAGUAAUAGAGCUACGUGGGCAGACUUCAGAGGUGUUUUUGCGGUGUAGACGUGUUCUCCAUUGUAGAUGAGAUUGUUUUCCUUUUAUACUCCACGUUCACAUUUCUUAGAUUAACAUUGUGCCUCAUGAAAUAGGGCCAUAUCACUGAAGAACUGAAGGUCUGAUGUGGAGUUAGAUGUUAGCGGCCCCAAGUGGCGCAUCCUGGUGCGGCAUCAGCUGAGAGAAGCCUGAAUGAAACUGCAGCGUUGUGACAUGAAUGUUAAUCAUUAGUGUUCACCAUUCACAGGUUUCAGCCAAUCAAAUCUUUCCAUUGCUGUGCAAGGAGGGUGUCUCAUUUCAGCACCACAUGACUGAUCCCAUCACCUUAAAGGAGUAGAGCAACUCAGUAUUUUAUCCACCAAUAGCGAUAGAAACUAAUGGUGUAAAACACACGAGCAGACAUUGUUUAAUGGAAUGGUUCUAUGUUUAUUAUGAGGUGAUGUUUUAAACAAAGAGUCAAGUGAAAAGUUGUUGUCUUCAUAGUAUACAUAGACAACGAGGCCUAAUUUAUUAGAUUUAUGCAAUGUGAUUAUUUCAAUGCUUACAAACAGAUAUACUCCAUUUAUCAUAUUGCUUGGGACAAAUCCUGUAUGACGUGUAAUAAUGACACAGUGAAAGCUUUUAAGGACAUUAUAUAACCUCUGCAGAUUAAUCAGCAAACAUUGUGCUUACCUGGAGAUCAUUCUAUAUUUAAUAAACAGGUUAGUUUUUAUAAAGGAUGUUUUCGCUAUAUGUUGGACAUAUAUAAUGUGCAGUCAAAUGCAAAUUCAGGAAUGAGUAUUGGGUUUUCAUGGUUCAUUUUUUAAUUUAAAGAGUACUUGAUAAUGAAAUUACACACAAGGGUAUAUAUAAGGAUUAUGGAAAAACAGCUGGCCGGGGAUUGCUUAUAUCUUUUUGGAAAAUCAUAAUACAUGACAUCACCGAUAGAGAUGCCGAUUCCUGUCAUCAUUUCAAGUUGCCUUAUUUACUGACCUUCUCUUGAUGAGUGCAUUUUCCGUAUGUGUGUGUGUGUGUGUGUGUGUGUUUUCCCUGAGCAAAGUCAGCAAAAAAGGCAACACAAGCAGUAAAAUGCAAUGGACGUUGUUGUGGCAUAAAGCAAAUAUGUACACCAAUAAAAACCCAUAAUCAAAAAAGCUUGUUUUCUGUGAAAGGCCUUCAUAUCCUGACCUAAAUGUGGAGCAACAUAGAUGUAUGUACCAUGCACAGCUUACUAUAAAUACCCAGUGCUUA